ACAAAAAUGAAUAAUGCAGAACCACCUCAGCAACCAAAUACCACUACUAGUAACAGCUAACGCUUACUCUCUCUCUCUCUGUCCUGAACCACACUUCACGCUGUUCCUUUCUCUCUCUAGAAUACAUACCGCAAAAACGCUCUCUCUCUCUCUCUCUCUCUCUCUCUCCAGAGUACAGAUUCAUAUACAUGAAUGUAUAUAUAAAGAUUUCGUUGAAUGAGAGAAGAAGUUGAAUGAAGCGAGAAGGCGAUUAUGAAAGAGAGAAUGUUCAGGCUGCAUAGACACAAGUCAGAAUCCGUCAAGUCUGGAGAGAGAAUCGAUUUCAACUUCUCCAACAUUCAGGCUAUUCAGGUGCCUAAAGGAUGGGACAAGCUUUCUGUGGCUAUGGUCUCUGUGGAAACAGGGAAAACUAUCAGCAAAUCAGGGAAAGCAUCUGUAAAGAAUGGAGCUUGUCAAUGGACAGAGACUUUAUCAGAGUCAAUAUGGAUUUCUGGGGAUGAUCCUUCAAAACAACUCGAGCAAUGCCUUCUCAAGCUUGUUAUUGCCAUGGGAUCGUCUAGGUCUGGUGUGCUUGGAGAGGCUACAAUCAAUCUGGCAGGUUACAUGCGUUCAAAAGCUUCCGUUCGCAUAUCGUUACCUUUGAAAAAAUGCAAACAUGGAACAUUUAUACAAAUUGAAAUUCAGUGCGUAACACCUAGACCAGAAAUCAGGGAUGAAAACUGGCAAGAAACAAAUUCAUACAUGGAAGAUGCAAUUUCAGAUUAUGACGACAUAGACAACAAAUCGGAUGUGUCUGGUUGUACAUUCGCUAGGAGUGUUGGAUCUUCCUCAAGUAACCAUUUGGAAAAUACAUCUCACCCAGGAGAACUUGGUAGCAGGGAAACUAGUUCCUCAGUAUCUGGUUCACGUAAUAGCUUUGAUUCCAUGGAGGGUUCCUUAGGCAGGGAAAGUUUUUCAUCUCGAAGCAGCUUAAGUGGAGCUGUGAGCAAUAUAAUUGGAAGACAAGAAUCAAUUGGCUCCCUAAACAGUGCACCUUACAGCCCUUACCUCCUCUAUGAUUCUCCAAGAUCAAAUUUUUUAUCGAAUAAUUCAGGGAUCCCAGUUUCAGGAAGGCAUCUUCAGAAUCAAAGAGAAGACUUUGGACGAAUGUCACGUGCUAUUGCCACUUCACCAUUGCGGCAUGCUGGCCCCUCUAAAAAUUUUCCGGAAGCUGAAGAAGAUAGCGUUGGAGAACUUAGGGCAGAAGCUAGAAUGUGGGAACAAAAUGCUCGGAAGUUGAUGCUUGAUCUGGAAUCCUUGAGGAAGGAAUUCGCUGACCAGUCAAAACACUUGGCUAACCUGGAUAUGGAGCUUUCUGCAUCACACACAGAGUCAAAUAGAUUGAACCAGGAAAUUGAACACUUGAAAAUCUUGUUAGAGGAAUCAUUGGAAAAACAAAAAGCUACCGAGGAUUUGAAGCUUAAAGCCGACAAUUUGGAUAAUGUUAAAAAGGAACUGGAUGAUGAGAUAGAGUUUCAGAAAGAGUCGAAUUACAAUUUGGCUCUACAGCUAAAGAAAGCACAAGAAUCAAACCUUGAGCUUGUUUCCAUUCUUCAGGAAAUGGAAGAAACCAUAGAAAAACAGAAAAGUGAGAUAGAGAACCUUUCAACAGUAAAUUCAAAAAUUGCUGGUAUAGGAACAAAGUAUAAUUAUGGACACGAGGACAAUGGAGAAGCAAACUCAAAAAAGGAAGUUUCAAUGGAGGAAAUGCAGAAGGCCUCUUGUGAUUUGGAUUGGGUUGGUAGUGCUGUUGAACACCCAAUAACAGAGUUGCAUGCAGAUUAUGAACCUGGGGAUAACCAGAACUUAAAGCUGGAGAUACAACAGUUGCAGGAAUCACAAAAGAAUUUGAGAAGUAGCAUUCUAUAUUUGGGAAAAAUCUUGGAGGACAAAAAUCUCGAGUUAGAAGCUGAACGAGAUCUCAAGACUCGAACUCUAUUGGAUUGUGAGACGCAGUGGAGACAUAAAUUAACUGCAAAAGAGGAAGAAAUCGUCUCCUUGGAAGCAAAAUUAUCGAGAGCACUCAGUGCUCAAGAUUCAAAUGUAACGGAGUUUGAAAAUAGAGGCAAUCUCUCUUUAAUCAAAGAAAUUGAAGCUCUAAAGGAAAAAGUACAGGAGCUUGAGAGAGAUUGCAAUGAGCUUACAGAUGAAAACCUGGAACUUCUAUUCAGGCUCAAAGAAUCGAGAAAAGAUCUUUCAACAAGUGGUGCCACUUUUGAUUGUUCAUCCACCGAGUGUCCAGCCAAUGAUUCUUCCAUUGCUUCUGAAUCUGAAGUACAGAAACUUAAGUCCCAAGUAUGCCAACACGAACAUGAGAUGAAGGAGAAGGAAAUCCUUAUUGAAGGAAUUGCCAGUGACCACUUACAGAUUCAAUGCAUAGAUAUCGGAAGUAAGUGUACGGACCUGGAGCUCCAGUUGGAAGCUUUAGAAGAUAAAACUUGUUGCCUUGAUGGUGAACUCUCCAAAUGGCGGUGUAAAGCAGAAGAGCAGGAACUUGAAAUUGCUUCACCGAGGCUUCAGUUGGAAUGUUACCAAGGAGGAAAAACUGGGAGCAAGGAGUAUUCUAUAGAUGUCUGUACAAAGUGUGGGAAUUCUGAGUCACAAAUUGCCAUCGGCAUGUACGAAAUAUUGCCUGCAUUAUGUCAACAGCUUCAACUUUUCUUCAUCAAUUUAAAGAAGCAACCGUAUACUCUUCAUAUACCUGUAAAUACUGAUUGUAAUUAUGCUAUCGAUUAUUUAGCUAUUGCAAAUUCGAUUACUCAAAAAGAGCAGGUUGCCACCUUCUUGGACAAUUUAAUUCAGCUGAACAAUUUAUUUGAAACAAGGAUUACAGUGUCUGAGGGUGAUCUUCAAUGUAGUGAAGAAGAAAUCAGAGCGAGAAUUACAAAUGCUAGCGAAGUCCUGAAUAAACUGGAUGGUGAUAAUUUGGAGAAAAAUACCCUCGUCUUUUCUAGUCAAGAACCAAAAAGCUUGAAUGAGAAACUGGAAUCAAGAGUUGCAGAUCUGAGUAAUGAACUUUUGGCUAAAGAUGUUGGGAUAGGAGAGCUUAAGGUUGACCAUUUGCUGAAGGAAGAAGAGAUCAAAGCUUUAAUGCAUCACCAAAGGGAUUUGGAAAAUCAAAUUUCUGAUCUCAAAAAGACAAAAGGCGAGAUGGAGGAAAACAUGGAUGUUAUGCAAAGAGAAGGUAGUACCGCCUCUAAAUGCUUGGAUGAGUUGAGGAAUGAUAUGAUGGUGCUCAGCAGCUGUAUGGAUUCCCAUGUUUCAGCAAACAAGGUUCUUCAAAGGAAAAUCUUGGAGCUAGAAAGCAGCAAACAGGAAUUAGAGCUCCACUUGUCUGAACUAGAAGAAGAAAAUGUGUAUUUAUCAGAAAGGGUAUCUGGCUUGGAAGCUCAAUUAAGGUAUUUGACUGAUGCAAAGGAGUCAAGUCGUUUGGAACUACAGCAUUCAGAAUCUCAUAUUAUCAAUCUCCAGGAUGUGAUAAGAACAUUGGAAAACGAAAUGGAGGCACAAAAGAUUGAUAUGAAAGAGAAGUUACAGGACAUGCACAAGCAGUGGUUAGAAGCUCAAGAGGAGUGUGAGUAUAUGAAAAAAGCAAAUCCAAAAUUACAAGCUACUGCAGAAAGUCUCAUUGAUGAAUGUAGUUCACUUCAAAAUUUAAAUGGAGAGCUAAGGCAGCAAAAAAUUGAUCUGAAUAAGCGCUGUACUAUCUUAGAAAAGGACCUGAGGGAAUCAAGAAAUAAAUUCUCCGACUACUCAGAGAAGAUUGAUUUUUUAGAAGCAAAAUUUUCCUCAAUGCUGGAAGAAAUUGCCUCAAAAGAGAAAACCUUAAAUUCAGAACUUGAUGCUCUCUGUCACCAGAACAAAGAACACACAGAAAAAAUUAUUCUGGAGGAGAGCUUGUUGAAUCAAAUGUACUUGGCAAAGGCAGUUGAAGUUGAAAACCUUCGACUAGAGGUAACACACCUCACUGGUCAGAUAUCUGCAACUCAUGAUGAAAAGGAGAGAACACCUUCAGAAGUCGUACUCAAAAUGCACUCCUUGCACGCAGCAGAUAAAAGUAGGCUAGAAGCUUCUCUUCAAGAGUUUCAAGGAAAAGUCAAAUGGUCUGAAAAAAAGCUUGAUACGGUCCAGAUGGAAUAUGAAACAAAGGUUCUAGGGCUAACGGGUGAGCUUGAUGCUUCCAAACAAAACCAGGAAGUUCUGAUGGCUAACCAUGUAAAGCUACUUGGGUUGUUGGAAAAUGUCAGAUCUAAUGAGGAGAAACUUGAAGGCACCAUUAAUGAGCUUGAAUCAAAGCUUAAAUCUUCUGAAUAUGAAAGGUUACAACUAGCAGAAGAAAUUUCUAACCUGAAGAUUCAAUUGCAGAAAAUACCAUUGCUUCAGGAUAAAGUUCUGGCUCUUAAAAGCUCACUCAAUGAGACGACAUUUGAUAAUGACAGACUGCGAACUUCAUUACAGAUGGUAUCUGGAGAUUAUGAAAAAUUGAUGGUUGAGAGAAAUUUAUUUGUUCAGAAAUUUUCUAGCAUGCAGAAAGCUACCUCUGAAUUAGAGGACUGUAGACGUAAUAAAAUUGCACUGGAGGAAAAAAUUUUGCGGCUGGAGGGAGAUCUAACUGCAAGAGAAGCAUUAUGCGCCCAGGAUGCUGAGUUGAAAAAUGAGUUUGGUCGGAUAAGAAGAGUAAAUAGCCAAUUCCAGCGGAAGAUAAAUUUUCUUGAAGAGGAAAAAGAAGAGUGGCUGAAGAGAGCUCAGGCCCUUGAAGAGGAACUGAAGGAGAAGAAAGAAGUAAAACAGGAUCAUAUCGAGUACUGUAGUAACCAAAUUCCUGUUUAUCCUGGAUCCAAUGCUACAAGUAUUUCUGUUGAUGAAGAAUUGAAGCUUCCAGAGAAACAAGAAGAGGACAACGUUAUUCAAUUCAGCAAAGAUCAACUGAAACCAUCAAUUGACACUGAUCAAUUACAACAGUCUUCAAAAAGUCAAGACAAACAAGGUUUUGUUCGACACAAGAGACAGGCUGACACUAAACAUUGUUAUAAUGCUGGAAGUUCUCAAGAGAUUGCCAUUGAUACAUGUUCAAGGAUCCAAGUUCUUGAGAAUGAACUUUCUGAGGCAUUGGAAGCAAAUGACAUGUAUAGAACCCAGCUUCAAAGUUUGAUGUCAGAGAAAAAAAUCAGUUCAUCAGAUGCGCCGGAGAAACUAAAACUCGAAGAUAAAGCAAUCAAUAGAAAGGGAAAUGAAGAGAAGACAGCUUUGCUGGAGGCAGAGUUAAGAGAGAUUCGAGAACGCUAUUCUCACAUCAGCCUCAAAUAUGCAGAGGUAGAAGCUCAGCGUGAGGAACUUGUGAUGAAGCUCAAGGUUGUCAACAGUGGAAGGAGAUGGUUUUCAUAAAUUCAGGUCCUUUUUUUUUUUCUUUUUUUUUUUUUGGGG